GCUUGUCUCUUUAAGUUGGCCGAAGCUCGCUGGCGCUGCGCGGAGGGACUGCGCGGAGGCGCGGCCUGCCUCCCUCGCACAGCCCCGCGGCGCGACCGGACUGGACAGUCCCUCUGGGGAACUUGGGCCAGGCCGCGUAGCGGUGCCGCGGCGCACGCAUCCUGGGAGUUACUGAUUGUCUUUGAAGAAACAUGAAGUCACAUUCUGUUGUUAUGCUUACCCUAGCCUUCAUAGUGUUCCUGACAUGGAUUCCUGUAUCACUGAGUUGUAACAAAGCACUCUGUGCUAGCGAUGUGAGCAAAUGUCUUAUUCAGGAGCUCUGCCAGUGCCGACCUGGAGAAGGAAAUUGUUCCUGCUGCAAGGAGUGUAUGCUGUGUCUUGGGACCCUUUGGGAUGAGUGCUGUGAUUGUGUUGGUAUGUGUAAUCCUCGAAAUUAUAGUGACACACCUCCAACUUCAAAGAGUACGGUGGAGGAGCUUCAUGAGCCAAUCCCAUCUCUCUUCCGGGCACUCACAGAAGGAGACACUCAGUUGAACUGGAACAUCGUUUCCUUCCCUGUUGCAGAAGAACUUUCACAUCAUGAGAAUCUGGUUUCAUUUUUGGAGACUGUAAGCCAACCACACCACCAAAAUGUGUCUGUUCCCAGCAAUAAUGUUCAUGCACCUUAUUCCAGUGACAAAGAACACAUGUGUACUGUGGUUUAUUUCGAUGACUGCAUGUCCAUACAUCAGUGUAAAAUAUCCUGUGAGUCCAUGGGGGCAUCCAAAUACCGAUGGUUCCAUAAUGCCUGCUGCGAAUGUAUUGGUCCAGAAUGUAUUGACUAUGGUAGUAAAACUGUCAAAUGUAUGAAUUGCAUGUUUUAAAGAAGGCAAAGAAAUAGAAACCAGAGCAAUUGAGUCAAAAGAAAGGUAUGAAAAGCUAUCCACUGAGGUCUGCUGGUUGAAUCAGAGUGCCAGCAGGUAAGAAGAUGUAAAGAAUUUGGACUGAGUUACUUUUAAAGUUUGUCAAAUCCAGCAGUGUGAUAAAUUAUGAUAACUGGUCAUAGUGAUUUUACUGUCCACUAGCAAUAAGCCCUUUCCUCUAUAUACACGUACAGCUUUGGUUAUAUGAGAAGCAAUUGCACAAAGAAUACCCUGAAAGUCCUGAGGUUUCUAACAUAAAGCCUGAUGUCAUUUUUCGUAACAUCCCCAAAGCCUUUUGUUUUGGAAUUGUUAGAGCAUGCUAACAUAAAUUAUGAUUUCUUCAUGUACUACUCCUAGGACACUUGAGUUUUUAUAGUUGUAUACCAUUCUCCACUGUGCCUUAUAUUGUUUAUCUGUUUUAUAAAUAGGGUAGAUACCCAAAUAUAUUACCCUGCAGACUCAUUAAAAUCAUCAUAAAAAGCUUAAUUUCAAACCUUUUAAUGUUGAUUUUAGAAAGUAAGUGCUUAUUACGUUUUACAGUUUAAAAUUAGUAGAAUCCAUCCUAUAAUACGCAUACUUUAGGAAAAGUUGCCUCUUCUCUUCUAUCCCCCUGCCCAGAGUGCUGAUACAGAUAAUAAUGAAGAGUCUGCAUCAAGAAUUUCAGGGCAUUCCUAUGAGACUGUGUUAAAUAUACUGCUAUCAUAAAUAGUUAGGAAGUUAAAGCAUUUCUCUGACUUAAGGUACCAGCUUAAAGAGCACUAGGAAUGGCAAACUACUGUUAGGUCAGACUCCAUGUAGACAGCAAGGAAACAGUUUGUCCCUUAUACAGAAAUGGUGAAGCUGUAAAGUGAAGCUGUGCUCAAGCGAAGAUAGAGCCCACUCAGCCUCAGCGCGCACAGCCGUGUUCUGCGCUGCAUGAGUGAUGCCGGAGAGGCUAAAGAAGAGAAUUUACGGGUACGGACUGGGAAGGUUGAAAAUGCUGGGAAUUCUAAUGGGAAACAAACUUAAAAAUAUUUACAUUAAUUAUUUUGUUAUUUUGUAAUCUUUCUUUUAGGUCUAUAUCUACAUUAGAUGUUCUUAUUAAACAAGUGUAGUCAUACAGUAUUAGGUUAAGAUUAUGAAACAAACAAAAAAAAACUUUUUUCAAGAUGUUAACUUCAAAUACACUACAGAGUAUUUGUCAGCUUUUUAUAUAAUAUUUCAAUAAAAAUAAGCUUAGAUACUAUGUGCCCUUCAUAGUAAUAAAAUUAAAAUCCUCAAGCAUCUAAACAUUUAUAUUACAGACUCCUAACUUUAUAAAAUUAUUAACUUGUCAAACAGGACACAUUUGAAUUACAUGUAACUUUUUAGGAAUACUUCUUUGUAUGUUUAGUACAUAAAAAUAGAUAAUGCUCUUAGACACUUUGUAUUCAUUAUCUGAACAGUAGUUACAAGAUCAUAUGUAAUAUUAUGAUUAACUAUCAUAAAGUUUGAAGCCUUAACACCUUUUCUGCUCUUUCAGAUAAAUCUAAUGAAUACUCAAGGUACUUUAGUUUUUUCUAAAGUUGAAAUUUAGCUUAUGGAUGUAUUUUUUUAAUAGGAAAACAUUGGGAUAACCUUUUCUUAACUUUUACCUAGAAUGCCUCUGUUUAAAAGUGCCUUGAAAACAUUAUAGCUCCUGUUAUUCAUUAAUACCAAUGAAGGUGAAGGUUUUCUUGAAUAUAAGUUUUAAAGAAAUCUGUAGCCAGCUGGUUCAUUUCGACUUUGUGGUUUUUCAAAGUAAUGUUAUAAUUACCUAUGAAUAGAGGAAUAUUUGUGUGUAUUGGCAACAUGCUUAAUGUUUCCUUAAAUACAACAACAAAUUUUUUAAAACUACAUUUAUUGUCUUUUUUUGGUCUUCAUUAUUAAAUUUUAAAAUGUAAUAUAUUUUCUUCCCCCUACAUUGGGAGGAUAAUUUCUUGAACCAUAUUAUGUUUUAACUGAUUUUUCUUACUUCUCUUUCUUCCACUGGAAAUUAUCCAUAAAUGUAAUGCUUAAUUUUACUGGGUUAUGAAGGUGUUGAAAGAUGGAGUUCACCUGAAAGAUUCCAUUUCAGAUUUUGACUAUAAAUAUAUUUUCAAAAUAAAAGUAUAACAUUUGGGAUGCUGGUAGCUCCGCUAAAAUUUAGACCUUUUAUUACCAUGCUAACCGCAAUUCACUUCUACAUAGAAGGUCUGGUUUAAAAAAAAAAAAAUUGUUUAAUCAAAAGUUAGGUUCUUACCUUUUUUAUAACUAGAUUAAAAAAGCACUAAAUUUUACAUCAGUAAGUAUUGUAAAGAACAGUACAUAAAAAGUUCUUUCCUAUAGUAAAACAUGUCCUCGCUAGCAGUUUUUUCUCUCCCCUCCAGUCCUCCCAAUAAUAUCUAAUUAUCACUGAAACUACAGUGGCACCAAAUCAAGUAGUAACUCUAAUAAAAUGUCUUUGUUUAUAUAGAAUGCUAUAAAGAGCAUUCUUCAUUUAGAAAUAUGAUUUCUAAGGUUUCAGAAAAACAAAAUUGAAUAGAUGUUAGAAUAUUUGAACAAUUAUUUAUAAAUCACAGUAGCAUUAAAAUGGAGAAAAGAAACUUCUGAAAAAUGAGGUAAAUAUAUAAAUAAACAUAUUUAAAGUUUGUUUUUAUGGAAUCUUCUUUGAAUAUUUUUAAAUCUAUUAUGCAUUCCCAUGAGCCUGUGUUUGUUAUAUUUUACAUGAUCUAUAACAUAUAAAAUUAUGUAUUUUUUCUUUGGUUGUC